AUGCUUCAAGUCGUACGUUCAAGCUUAUGUCACUGCAUCGUCAACAUGCGCUUCACUACAAUCUUUCUCAUCGUCACUGCGUUGACCUUUGCGCUCUCGACUCCGACUCCGCGCGGACACGCCUCCUCGCUUCAUCUCAAGUCUCGACAGCUGGAAGAAGAGCUCAUCCAAGGCGCCGAAGACAGCAUCGAGCUUUUCGACUAUCCACGCGUCCACGAUACGACGGAGCAGAUCCAUGAACGAACGCAGAACGUCAAUGAAUCCAAGAUCAUAGCUGCCGUGAGGCGGAAGGAAGUAAGGCAGCGCAUGCCGGCAUCGUACAGCCCGUAG